CGCCUUUUAAAUAUUCAAAUCACUGCAUAUUGCCCAUGCUGUCCGAUCUGUGCUAGAUUUCUCUCAUUCUGUGUCCACCAAUUCCAAUGGCUAGGAUAUAGGAUCAUUCGACUGAUGAAACUUUUGACAUACACAGAAUCCUAAAUAAGGUCCAAACAGAUGAAAGGUUUGGAUCCUCUACACGUGUGCCGAGUACAUAGAUAUCAAAUGCUUGACAACCAACUUCGGUAGUGUGGCUCUCUCUCUCUCUCUCUCUCUCUCUCUCUCUCUCUCUCUCUCCAAUUUCAAAUCUUUCCCAAACAAAAUUCAAUGUCCAUUUCAAUACCUCUGCUCAUUCUCACUCUCCCUAAAACACAGACCAAACAAACAAACAACACCCCAUAUAUCCCUUCAAAAAGCUCCAAGAAAACCACUCAAAUUCCAAUCCACCAUUACCAAAGCUUCCAAGCCCAGAAUCUCCAUGCCCAUCUCAUCAAAUCUGGCCUUGUCUCUAACCUCUACAAAUCCAACACUCUCAUUCAUUGCUAUUCUAAAUCUGGAGAUAUUUUAUAUGCACACCAACUGUUCGAUGAAAUGUCUCAGAGAAACCUCGUGUCUUGGACCUCGUUAAUUUCCGGUUACGCUCAACUGGGGUGGUCUAAUGAUGCCGUUGAAAUCUUUAUUCGGAUGCUGAAUUCGGGAUUUUCUCCCAACGAGUUUGCAUAUGGUAGCGUCCUUCGGUCAUGUGCAGAGUCUGGCUAUGCGAGAUUUGGGACGCAGCUGCAUGGGUUGAUCGUGAAGACGGGUUUCAUCCAAAACGUGUUCGUGGAUAGCAGUUUGAUCACAAUGUAUGUGAAGAAUGGGGAUUUCGAUAUUGCGGUUGGUGUGUUGAGGAGAAUGCAAGAGAGAGAUGCAUUUUCAUGGACUUCCAUGGUUGUUGGUUAUUCCAAUGGUGGUUGUGCUUUUGAAGCACUCGAACUCUUUGGUCAGAUGCUGGAAGAGGAUGUUAGGCCUAGCGAAUACACUCUUACUAGUGUUCUAAAAGCAUGUGCAUAUUUGGAGUCUCUGAAGGUGGGGCAUCAAAUUCAUGGAUACGCUGUAAAAAGGGGCUUCGAAGAGGAUGUUUCAGUAAGAAUUUCACUCGUUGGUUUAUAUACCAAGCUCAGGGACCUAUCUAGUGCCCUAUCAAUCUAUGAUCGAUCUUCUCCUAAAGAUGUGGUUUUGUGUACGGCAAUGAUUGGUGGGUAUGCUCAAAAUGGCAGCACCGAUGGAGCCAUUCAGAUCUUCUCUCAAAUGCAUGAAGAAUUCGAGCUUGUUCCCAAUGAAUUCACAUUCGCUAAUGUGAUAUCCGCUUGUGCGGACAAUGGCAAUUGUGGUAGCGGAACCUGUUUUCAUGCUCUUGCAAUCAAAACAGGUCAUGCAUCUGCUGUCCAUGUUGAGGGUGCACUCAUUGACAUGUAUGCUAAGACUGGGAAGAUGGAAGAUGCUUGCAAAGUCUUUGAAAGCAUGGAAGGGAAGGAUGCAAUAUCAUGCUCAUCAAUACUCGCAGGCUUCUCUUAUAAUGGACAUGAUCAAGAGGCGCUUGAGUUCUACUCGACACUUCAUAGAACGUCUGUGAAGCCCGAUCCUUUUGCAUUAGCUAGUGCGACUAUUUCAUGUGCCAAGCUGGCUGAUCAGCUACAAGGAAGGCAAAUCCAUGCUCAGAUCAUCAAACAUGGGCACGAAUCUGAUACAUGUAUAGCCAGUUCUCUGGUAGACAUGUAUGCGAAGAGUGGAAGUAUUGAGGAUGCCCAACGGGUGUUUGAUGAGCUUUUUGAUCGAGACAGGAUAGCUUGGACUGCAAUGAUUGACGGGUAUGCACAGCAUGGGGAGGGAAUUAGAGCCUUGGAAUUGUUUGAGAGGAUGAAAGAAGAGGGUGUUCGUCCAAAUGGUGUGACCUUUGUGAGCAUCCUCCAUGCAUGUAGUCAUGCAGGUCUAGUUGAAGACGGCCUCCGCUAUUUCAAUUCCAUGUCCUCUGAGUACAAGAUCAAGCCAGUUAUCCAUCACUAUGCUUGUAUGGUUGAUCUCUUGGGCCGUGCAGGCCGCUUAGAGGAGGCGUUGGAGUUCAUAACAAGAAUGCCAAUGCAACCUACUCCCUUGAUAUGGAGGGCAUUGCUGGGUGCAUGUAGAACCCAUAAAAAUCUUGGAAUGGGUAUCUAUGCAUCCAACCGCCUUCUUGAAUUGGAACCAGAAGACGAUGCGACUUACGUGCUCCUCGCCAACAUGUACACGGAAUUGGGUCGAUGGGGUGAAGCAUCGAGAGUGAGGAAUUUGAUGAAAGAGAGUGGACUGCGAAAAGUCCCUGGCCUAAGCUGGAUUGAAGUAGGGAAGAGUUUCCAUGUUUUCGGUGCCAGAGAUACAAUCCAUCCUCAGAAAGAGCUCAUAUACAAAGCUUUAGAUGAUUUGAAUGGUGAGAUGAAGGAGGCUGGAUAUGUACCGGAGACUGGAUUUUCAUUAAAAGAUGGGGAUGGAGAUGAGAAGGAGAAGUCGAUCUUUUACCAUAGUGAGAAACUAGCUGUGUGUUUUGGCCUGAUAUCUACUCCACCUGCAACUCCUAUUCGGAUAUUUAAGAACCUCAGAGUAUGUGGUGAUUGCCACAAUGCCAUGAAAAUCAUUUCCCUGAUCCGCAACAGGACAGUUACAGUGAGAGAUGUUAGUAGAUUCCAUCAUUUUAGUGGAGGGAGAUGUUCUUGCGGAGAUUAUUGGUGAUUGUGAAAGGAAAAUUAUUCCGUUACCAAUAUAAUUAUAUCAAAUCCACCGACGACAGCUCAUGAUAAAAAACUUUAAUUGUAUCCACUCUCUUAUGUCUACUAUACAAGUACCACAAAUAGCCAUGGAUAUUUUUGCCCAUGCAAUUAGUUAUGGAGAGUUGCGAAAUUUGAAUUUUUAAAGGAUAUUGGAAGGAAUUUUCGACA